AUGAUUGCACGAGUUCUUCUUUCCUGGCUAGCGGCUUCGGCCACUGUAUUUGCAGCACCUACCACUGAUGGCCCCAGUGUACUCGAUACGCGAGCCUGCACUACCCCGGCAAAUUCACUCAAAAACCCCAGCUUCGAGUCCAGUUUGAGUCCUUGGGUAUUCAAGCCCACAUAUGCAAAGCUCGGUAGCGCAGGUGUCGUGACUGGUGGCUACAAAAGUAACCACGCUGUUCAAGUCACUGCAACUUCAGGCCCCAACGAUCCAACAAGCUACAACAAGCUCUCCCAAACCUUCAAGAUCUGCAAAGCUUCACGCUUCCAGCUCUCAUGGUCCAUGCUCCUCCCCAAAGACGGAUCUAAAUAUGUAGCGCCUAAUAUUCCGGGAAUGUACGUCGAGGCUCAAGCACCAGAUGGUCUUUGGCAUCAACUGGGAAAUUUCCAAUUUUCGUCAAAGACAUUCAGCAGCACCAUCUUUUCACCAAACAAGAAGGGCACACACAACGUUAACCAAUGGGCGAAUUUUGUUUCGGAUUUUCCUACUUCGCAGACUGGUACUUGGACCAUCUCGAUGGAGUGGUAUGAUCAACCGGCGACUGGUGGUAAGACAACAACGUUGAAGGUUAAGAUGGACAACUUCACUGUCAAGCCAAAGGCUUAA